AUUUGAAUUUUUUUGACUGUAUCUGCUGUAUUAGGAUUUUGCACUAUUGCUUUAUUGUUAUGAACUCGGAGAUUUUGUUUGAUUGAUAGAUGUAAAUUGUAAACUGUGAAGUGCGUUUUUUAAGUUUCCGAUUGAAAUCUGAAAUUUGUUGAAAAUGAGGAAUCACGCAAUUCUCAUGAGUGGUGAUGUUUCCAAUUUCAAAAGUGAUUUACUGUGGCUUUUCAACUUUAGGUAUUGCUUUAUAUCAUUAUUAUAUGUGAUAUGGCAUGCUUUUGUUACUUGAUUAGAAUGUCGGUGGAGUUUAGCAUCAACUUUUGACACUUUAUUUACUGCAUUCUUUUGCCUUUACAGACGGCUAAAACAAGUCGUAUUCAUCACUUGUUUGGAUAAUAUCAAUGUCUUUUUCUUGUGCAAACUGUUGGAAAUUUUUUAUUGCUACAAAUUGAUUACGACAAACAAGUCAAUCCUUUGGAUUCUGUUGUUUUUACGUUAUAGAUUGAAUAUAGAAUAAUGAAACAUGACACGAUCUUAUUGAAUUUCAUAAGUGAAUUCUCCAAAAAAAAAGUUGAAGAGAAGAAGGGCUCAGCAGAUUGUUAUGGCAAAGAAUCAGAGGAUGUGAAUCAUGUAGAUGCAGCUGGGGUGAAGCUCGAAGCAGUUGCGGAUGCUGCAGUGCAGGUUGAAAGAGAGAGUGCACCCCUUGCUGAGGAAGCAGAGAAAAUUGAAGACAAACCUGCUGAGACAGAAAAACCUGAGGAAAACAAGCCAGAUGAGAUACCUUGUGCUGAGAAGGCUGAGGAGAAGAAACCAGCUUCGGAUGAAGAAACCAAAGUAGAGGAAGUGAAGCUUGCUGAGGGUACAACAGUUGAAGCUCCGGAGAAGACACCUGCAACACCAGAGGCUGAGUGUCCAGCUCUGGAUUCUGAGAAGAAGGAAAUAGAUGAAAAAUCAACUGAGGUUGUGGAAACACACGUGAAGGAACCCGAGAAGACACCUGAAACACCAGAGGUUACAACGGUUGAAGCUCCGGAGAAGACACCUGAAACACCAGAGGCUGAGAGAAGUGAGGAAAAGUGUCCAGCUCUGGAUGCAGAGAAGAAGGAAACAGAUGAAAAGUCAACUGAGAUUAUGGAAACACCAGAGAAGAAACCCGAGGAACCAAAAGCAACUGAGAAGCAGGAACCAGCCUCAGAAGCUGAAAAGAAGCUUUCAGAAGAGAAGCCAUCUGAGGUAUCAAUUGAGAAACCCGAGUUACCUGAGGUGGAGAAGGCUGCAGAUACAGAUGAGACCGUGAUCGAAGAGAAACCUGCUGAGAAUUCCACGACUGAAACAUCAGAGAAAGUAGAAGACAAACAUGUUUUGGAGCCCCAAACAUGUUCGGUUGAGGAGCAGAAGCCAGCGUCGGAUGCAGAAAAACCUAAAGCUGAAGAAGAGAAGGCAAAGUAAUUGAGGAAUGCCACUAUGCCUAUCUAGAAUCAGCAAAAAUCUUUUGAAUUAGUUAACCAUGAUUGAGACUGCAAGUUCUGAUGUGUGAAAAUUUGCAUUUUGAUUGUUUAUUUAAAUUAUUUUUUUCUAUUCCAUUGUCUAUUUCCUGCCGCAAGCAGACAAUGUUAAGCGACAUUGCAAAAUGUAUGUAAAAUUUUUAAUGUUUGUUAAAUGCAAAAACAAGAAAGAGCAAUGUGUGCCAAA